UCUCUCAGUCGUACAGGAGCUCGUAGGGCCGAGGGCCAAGUUGACACGCGGCGUUCUAGUGAUUUCUUGCCAUUUCCUUGCUUAGUCGUGCCUGAGGUUUGGCCUCAUGUGGUGCUUGGUCAUGUUUUGAUGAAUUCAAUCGCAUAGAUUUGGAAGUGUUAUCAGUUGUUGCCCAACAAAUUUUGACAAUUCAGAGAGCUGUCAAUGCUGGGUUGGUAAAAAUGAAAUUUGAAGGAACAGAUAUAGAACUUGACAGAACGUGUGCUGUCUUUAUCACCAUGAACCCAGGAUAUGCUGGAAGGAGUGAAUUGCCUGAUAAUUUGAAGGCCCUGUUCCGACCUGUGGCAAUGAUGGUUCCUGAUUAUGCUAUGAUUUCAGAAAUAGUACUGUAUUCAUGUGGAUUCGUUGAAGCCCGACCUUUGGCUAUAAAAAUUGUUGCAACCUACAAACUUUGUUCAGAACAACUGUCUUCUAAUAAUCAUUAUGAUUAUGGUAUGAGGGCAGGUAUAACAUCUGAUUUGUUUCCUGGAAUAGUAUUACCAGAACCCGAUUACACAAUUCUGAAUCGAGAAGUGAAAAUAGCUUGUACAAAUGCUAAUGUUCAGUGUAUCCCAAAUUUUCUUGAAAAAAUUCAACAAAUAUAUGAAAUGAUGAUUGUCCGGCAUGGUUUCAUGAUAGUUGGCCCUCCAUUUGGAGGUAAAACUACCGCAUAUCGUAUGCUGGCUGCUGGCUUGCAGUUAAUUGAAGAAAAAGGUGAGAUGAAUGAACAUAAAGUCCAAAUCAUUGUUAUAAAUCCAAAGUCUAUUACUCUUGGGCAAUUGUAUGGCCAGUUUGAUCCAAUAUCACAUGAAUGGUCUGAUGGAAUUCUUGCUGUGAGUUAUCGAGCAUUUGCUAUGUCACCAAAUAAAGACAGGAAGUGGUUGAUUUUUGAUGGUCCAGUAGAUGCUAUUUGGAUUGAGAGUAUGAAUACUGUACUUGAUGACAACAAGAAAUUAUGUCUAAUGUCAGGAGAAAUCAUACAACUCGCUCCUACAACUAAUCUUAUUUUUGAGCCAAUGGAUCUUGAAGCUGCUUCACCUGCAACUGUAUCAAGAUGUGGUAUGAUUUAUAUGGAACCCAUUUUAUUGGGUUGGAAGCCUUUGGUUGAGUCUUGGCUCAACCUCAUGCCUGAAACAAUUUCAGAUUCCAAUAAACAAGUUCUCAACUCGAUGUUUGACAGAUUCAUACCUGUUUUAAUAUAUUUUGUGCGAAAAUGUGGAUACAAGGAAUUGACUCCAACUACAGAUACUGGUUUGAUAAAAGGAGUUAUGAAUCUGAUUGACUGUUUUCUGGAUGAUUACCAAAAACCAGAUAUAGCCAAAAAAUUAUCAGAUUUAGAUAUUCGUGCACAGUUAGAGGGUGUUUUCUUGUUUUCAUGUAUGUGGGCUUUGUCUGCAACCCUUGAUUCUCAUGCAAGAGAACAAUUUUCAGAAGUUUAUAGAGGGUUGAUGCUGAAAGAUUUCCCAAAGGAUCUAGUAAAACAAAUGGCAUAUCCUGAUCCAAUUGCUCCUCAUGUAAAACCUCUAAUUUUCAUUAUACCAAUGAGAGGGCUGGUUUUUGAUUAUAAAUUUGUAAAAGAGGGAAAGGGAAAAUGGAAACCUUGGUCUGAUGAUCUGAUUACUGCUCCAGCAAUUCCUCGAGACAUACCAGUGAAUCAAAUUAUAGUGACCACCAUUGAAACGAUCCGUUAUAUGGAGCUUUUGAAACUAUUAAUUACUCAUCAAAAACCUGUGAUGUUUGUUGGACCAACUGGAACAGGAAAAUCAGUGUAUAUUACGGAUCUUUUACUCAACAAAUUGAAUACUCAAGUAUACAUGCCACAUAUUAUUAAUUUCUCUGCUCAGACUAAUUCCAAUAUGACACAAAAUAUUAUUAUGGGUAAAUUGGAUAAAAGAAGAAAAGGUGUGUUUGGACCACCUCUUGGGAAAAGAUACGUGUUUUUUGUGGAUGAUGUAAAUUUGCCCCUUAAAGAAACAUAUGGUGCUCAGCCUCCUAUUGAGUUAUUGAGGCAAUGGCUUGAUCAUUGGCAAUGGUAUGAUAGAAAGGAUACUUCAAUGUACAGUAAGGACUUUGAUCCUUGUAUCACUCAGAUAGUUAAUGCGACAUUGGCUGUUUACAAAGAUGCAAGACUAAAUUUACUUCCAACACCUGCUAAAUCUCAUUAUCUCUUCAAUUUGAGAGAUUUCUCUCGUGUUGUUCAGGGAGUACUUCUUUCUGUUCCUGAGUCCACAGAAGACCUUAUAUCUUUGAAGAGAUUGUGGGUUCAUGAGGUGCUUCGAGUGUACUAUGACAGAUUGACAGAUGAUGUAGAUAGAGCUUGGAUGUGUGAUGAAUUACAUGAAAUUGUCAAAACAUAUUUAGAUGAAGACAUCAAUGUAAUGUUUAGUCAUCUCUUCCGACCUGGAGACCAACCUGUUUUUGGAGAAAUUCAACUUAGAAAAAUUAUCUAUUGUGAUUUUGCCAAUCCAAAGCCUGAUACUCGAUACUACAUUGAAUGCCCAGAUGGAAAGUUUUUGACAGAAGUUUGUCAGAAUUAUUUAAAUGACUUCAAUAACUUAUCAAAAAAGCCAAUGAACCUUGUAUUGUUCAGAUUUGCCAUAGAACAUUUGUCAAGGAUAUGUCGAAUUCUGAAGCAACCUCGCAGCCACGGAUUGUUAGUGGGUGUGGGAGGUUCCGGAAGACAAUCUCUCACCCGUUUAGCAUCACACAUUUCUGAAUACGAUCUGUUUCAGGUGGAAAUAUCAAAACAAUAUGGCAUGCACGAGUGGCAUGAAGAUGUUAAAAAUAUUCUCAAGAGAGCUGCCGCAAGUGAGAGUCACUGUGUGUUUCUGUUUACUGAUUCACAGAUUAAAGAUAUUACUUUUCUAGAAGAUCUUAGUAAUCUCUUGAACGCUGGCGAAGUUCCAAACAUUUUUCCAGCUGAUGAAAAAGCAGACAUUUGUGAGAAAAUGCGUCCUAUAGAUAGACAAAGAGACAAGGCUAUGCAGACCGAUGGCAGCCCUGUGGCCCUUUUCAACCUAUUUGUACAAAUUGUCAGAGAUCAACUUCAUAUUAUAUUAUCUAUGAGUCCAAUAGGUGAAGGAUUCCGAAACAAUAUGAGGAAAUUUCCAGCCCUUGUCAAUUGCUGUACAAUCGAUUGGUUUCAGGCGUGGCCUGAAGAUGCUCUUUUAGCGGUGGCUACGACGUUUCUUGCCGAAGUAGAUCUCACAAAAAAAGAGCAAGAUGCUUGUGUUGACAUGUGUCAAUUCUUCCACACGUCUACUCAAAGUAUAUCAGAAAAAUAUUUAAGGCGUCUUGGGAGACAUUGUUAUGUUACUCCUACUUCAUAUUUGGAACUUAUAUCAACAUUUAAGGAAUUAUUGUCAAUAAAACGAGAAGAAGUAUUGGCAGCAAAGACGCGAUAUGAAGUAGGAAUAGAAAAACUGGAAGGUGCAGCUGCUGAAGUGCAUGUUCUACAAGAGGAAUUGAUAGCUUUGCAGCCUGCCAUUGUCCAGGCGGCUAAGCAAGUGCAAGAAAUUGUAACUCAAGUUGAGAAGGAAACAGCAGAUGUUGCAGAGGUAGAGAAGGUUGUCUUGAAAGAUGAAGAAGAAGCCAAUAAACAGGCAGCAGCUGCACAAGAAAUCAAAGAUGAGUGUGAUGCCAGGCUGGCAGAAGCCAUGCCUGUUCUGAAUGCUGCGUCAGCAGCUUUGAACACUCUCACCAAUCAGGACAUUGUAUUUAUUAAGACAAUGAAAAGUCCUCCUAAGGGUAUUCGACUUGUAAUGGAGGCUGUUUGCGUCUUGAAGGAUGUCAAACCUGAUAAAGUUCCUGAUCCUAACACUCCUGGAAAAAUGAUUGAGGAUUACUGGGGUCCAUCAAAGAAAGUUCUGGGAGAUAUGAAAUUUCUGGAUUCUCUGUUAAAUUUUGACAAAGAUAACAUUCCAGACCGAAUUAUCCAGGUUAUAGAAAAAAAGUAUAUUCCAAAUGAAGAAUUUGUUCCAGAAAAAGUGCGAACAGCUGCUAUUGCUGCUGAAGGUAUGUGCAGAUGGGUGAUAGCCAUUACUAAAUAUGACAAAGUUGCAAAAGAAAUUGCUCCCAAAAGAGCUGCUUUAGCUGAGGCUGAACAAGCAUUCUCUAUUGCAAUGGCUGCUUUGGAAGUUAAAAGAGCAAAACUACGUGAAGUGCAAGAAAAAUUAGCUAAACUGCAAAAGACUUUGGAGGAUCAAACUAAUCGUUACAAUCAGCUGCAAGCAGAUGCUGAUCUUUGUGCAAAGAAACUUCAAAGAGCUGAAGAUUUAAUUGGAGGUGACAUUCUAAUAAGUUCUGGGAUAAUUGCAUAUAUGGGUCCAUUCACAAUGGAAUUUCGAGCAGAACAAAUUAAGGAAUGGCUAAUAAGCUUGGAAACUUAUAAAAUACCAUACUCCUCAGACUACACUUUGAAUGCUAAUCUUGGAGAUCCUGUCCUGAUAAGAGAGUGGAAUAUAAAUGGCCUACCAACUGAUGCAUUUUCAAUUGAUAGUGCUAUAAUUAUAAACAAUUCCCGACGUUUCCCUCUUAUGAUAGACCCACAAGGACAAGCAAACAAAUGGAUUAAAAAUCUUGAGAAAGAUCAUAGCUUAAAUGUAAUCCGUCUUAACCAAAGUGAUUACCCACGAGUUUUGGAAAAUGCAAUUCAAUUUGGGCAACCGGUACUUUUGGAAAAUAUAGGAGAAGAAAUUGAUGCUAUGCUAGAGCCUCUCUUACAAAAGCAAGUUUUCAAGCAGGGAGGUGCAUUAAUGAUUAAACUGGGAGAUUCUGUAGUGGAAUACUCUGAUGAAUUCAGGUUUUACAUCACCACAAAGCUGAGAAAUCCACACUAUCUACCAGAAAUUCAAGUAAAAGUUACUCUGAUUAAUUUUAUGAUCACGACUACUGGUCUUGAAGAUCAAUUGCUGGGAAUUGUAGUAGCCAAAGAAUUACCUGCAUUAGAGGCUGAGAAAAAUCAGUUGAUUGUGCAAGGCGCUGAAAAUAAAAAAACUUUAAAAGAAAUUGAAGAUAAAAUUCUUCAUGUUUUAUCCUCAUCAGAAGGCAAUAUUUUAGAAGAUGAAACUGCAGUAAACAUACUGAGCUCUUCCAAAACCUUAGCCACUGAGAUAUCUGAAAAACAAGCAAUUGCUGACGUUACAGAAAAACAAAUUGAUGAAGCCAGAGAAGCCUAUAAACCUUCAGCUUCCUAUUCAACUGUACUAUUUUUCAGUAUUGGUGAGUAA